GGAACAAGCUCGGGUUAUGGCCACAUACUAUGGGGUACCUACAGUACCCUGGCACCUGGACAACGACACAUCAUUCGACUUGUGAACAGGUCUCCGACAACGCUGCACGUGGAAUGGGAGCCUGUUUGGGGACGCAGCCACAGCGGUUACGUUCUGACUGCUCGAUCGCUUCACUCCGUCUACGGGAACGUGCGCAUCAACCAGGUAAAGACGUUCGACGUGGAGCCAUAUGAGUCUGCUCCGGAGUGCACCUUCACCCGAGCACUGUCUACAAUGUCACGCUCAAACCUAAAGAUCACAGUGGCUUGGGGAGCUUACGCCACACUGCCUCCCGGUUGGUUCCUUGUCAAGAAUCUCAAGCAGUGCGAUAAGACCAACUUUGCUGUCUCAAUGAGUUGGGAACCUGUUGAACUGGACAUGGCCACUGAUUAUCAGGUCCGUUAUCUCCGCAUGAAGGACAGCGAAGCUGGAUGGAUCGAAGAAGAUGCCAGGGAGAGCAAGGAGCUACUUUGCCCGAAGGAUGGAUGUGGUCGUCUGUGCUAUCUGGUCUUCAACUUGCCUCAUAAUCCUAGCGAUUAUAUUUUC